GGUCAGGGUUCGCGCUCGGAUGACGUAGCAGCUGCCGGUAAACUAGCCAAUCAACUCUCGCCGCGUUCCGGUUUGUGCGCGAGUGAGUGGAGUCGAAGCUCUAGGUGCACAUCGGACUGUGCAGAGAACACAGAAAGAUGGGGCUUGCCGUGAGGACUGCAGGAGUACUCUUCCUGUUUCUCUUGGUUGAUUUCUUGCCUUCUCAGACAGAGUCCGUGGCAGUCAUGUCUGUGGAUCUGGGCUGUGAAUGGUUGAAAAUUGCUAUAGUCAAGCCAGGAGUUCCUAUGGAAAUUGUCUUAAACAAGGAAUCGAGGAGGAAAACCCCUUUUGCUGUCACUUUGAAAGAUGAUGAACGCCUCUUUGGAGAUAGUGCUACAGGGAUGGCAGCUAAGAAUCCUAAGGUGACGUUCCGCUUUUUCCAGGAUCUAUUGGGGAAGGGGGCAGAGAACCCACAAGUUGAAGCUUUUAAAAGGAACUUUCCACAGUACAACAUUGUGAAGGACGAAAUGAGGGGUACAGCCCUUUUUAAGUUAUCAGAGGAAGCAACUUAUUCACCAGAAGAAGUACUGGCAAUGAUGCUGAACUACUCCAGAUCCUUGGCUGAGGAGUUUGCAGAGCAGCCCAUCAAGGAUGCAGUAAUUACGGUUCCUGCAUUCUUUAAUCAGGCAGAACGUCGGGCAGUUCUCCAGGCUGCCAAACUUGGCGGCCUUAAGGUGCUCCAACUUAUAAAUGAUAAUACUGCAGUUGCAUUGAACUACGGGGUCUUCAGAAGGAAAGACAUCAACUCUACAGCUCAGAACAUUAUGUUUUAUGAUAUGGGAUCAAGAAGUACAACUUGCACCAUUGUGACUUAUCAGACUGUGAAGACCAAAGACUCGGGUAUUCAGCCACAGCUGCAAAUUCGUGGUGUUGGAUUUGAUCGUACUCUUGGUGGUCUGGAAAUGGACCUAAGACUCCGUGACCGCUUGGCAAAAAUCUUCAAUGAGCAGAAGAAAUCCAAAAAAGAUGUACGGGAGAACCCCCGGGCAAUGGUUAAGCUUUUGAAAGAGGCAAACCGUGUCAAAACUAUUCUGAGUGCAAACAAUGAUCACAUGGCACAGAUUGAAGGUCUAAUGGAUGAUAUUGACUUCAAAACCAAGGUGACCCGUCAAGAACUUGAAGAACUGUGUGGAGACCUAUUUGAAAGAGUCUCUAUACCUGUGCGAAAGGCUUUGAGCGGCGCUGAAAUGAACAUGGAAGAAAUUGAUCAGGUCAUCAUAGUGGGAGGAGCCACUCGUGUACCCAAAGUUCAAGAACAUCUUCUUAAAGCUGUGGGCAAGGAGGAGUUGGGAAAGAACAUAAAUGCAGAUGAAGCAGCAGCUAUGGGAGCUGUAUACCAGGCAGCUGCUCUUAGUAAGGCAUUCAAAGUUAAGCCAUUUGUAGUUCGAGAUGCAGCGAUCUAUCCCGUACAGGUUGAGUUCACUAGAGAGGUGGAGGAAGAAGGCGUAAAAAGUAUGAAACACAACAAGAGAAUUCUUUUUCAAAGGCUCGCCCCGUACCCUCAGCGCAAGGUUAUCACCUUCAAUAGAUAUACUGAUGAUUUUGAGUUUGAUAUCAACUAUGGAGACCUUGGCUUCCUUGAUUCAGAAGACCUAAAAAUUUUUGCAUCCCGCAAUCUCACCACAGUCAAACUUAGUGGAGUUGGGGAGAGUUUCCAGAAGAAGUCUGACUAUGAAUCAAAAGGCAUCAAAGCUCAUUUUAACAUGGAUGAAAGUGGAAUACUCAGUCUUGACAGGGUUGAAUCUGUCUUUGAGACUGCAUUAGAAGAGAAGUCUGAUCAAGAAUCAACAUUGACAAAGCUUGGAAAUACAAUAUCUAGCUUAUUUGGAGGCGGAAGCUCUAGCGCAGAUAAAGAAAAUUCUACAGAUACCGUUCAGGAAGAAGAGGAAGUGCCAAGUGAAUCCACAAAAGAGGAAGAACAGGACUCGCCAGAGCCAGCUGAGCAGCAAGAUGGUGAUACUGGGGCUAGUAAAGCAGAGAACAAAAGUCAGGAUGAGAAUAACGGAGAUAAAGAGACCAAGGAUUCAAAAGAAAAAUCUGAAAGCCCUAAAGAAACUGGAACCAAAAAUGAACCAGAAGAGGAGCCUAAGAAACCAGCAGUGCCUAAGAAGCAGAAGAUUGUGGAUGAGAUUGCAGCAGUGCAGACUGUAAAUGAUAUUCCAAGUAUACCAGAAGAAGAAGAAAAGAAGUCCAUUAAAAAGUUACAAACGCUGACAGAGCGAGAUAUUGAGAAACAUGAGCAUGAAAAAGCAGGAAAUAGCCUGGAGGCAUUUAUAUUUGAGACGCAGGACAAGCUUAAACAGGACGAAUUUAUUAAAGUUUCUACAAAGGAACAGAGAGCAGAGAUUUCCAGCAAGCUUCGACAGGUGUCAGGAUGGCUAGAAGAGGAUGGGUAUCAGGCUUCAACCAAGGAGCUAAAUGAGAAAUUGACGGAACUUAAGAAGGCAUGCAAGUCAUUAUUUUUCAAGGUAGAGGAGCGACGAAAGUGGCCAGACAGACUGUCAGCAUUGGAUAGUUUGCUUAAUCACUCCACCAUUUUCUUAAAGACUGUCAGAAUGAUUCCAGAAGACGAGCAAGUAUUCACAGAUGUUGAACUAGGCACUUUACAAAAGCUCAUCAAUGAGACAUCGGCAUGGAAGAAUGAAACUUUAGCAGAGCAGGCCAAGUUACCUAAAACAGAAAGACCCGUUUUAUUGUCCAAGGAUAUUGAGCAAAAGCUUGGCGCUCUUGACAGGGAGGUUCAAUACUUGUUGAACAAGGCCAAGUUUUCCAAACCUAAACCCAAGCAAAAAAGCAACACCACAAAGUCAGAGAAUGGAGAAAAUAUAACGGACACCAAGGAGAAAGUAACUACCCCCAAAACUGAAAGCACAGAAGGUCAAGCAAAUGACCCAGAGCCAGUAAAAGAACCUCCUGUGGUAGAAGAGAAGAUUCUAGAGCUAGCAGGUUCAGAAACAGAUUCCCAAACAGAGCAACCUUCAGAAGAGGAGCCGAAGACUGAAUUAUAAUUGUAUUACCUUCUCAUCCAUUGAUGGCACUCAUAUUUAUUGACAUUACUUUUUUUGUAAUGGACCCUGACUGUUCCAUACCAACUGAACUGAUUUUUUUGUUUUAUUUUUCUCUAAAAACGGAAAACAAGAUGUAAAUAUCUGUCCUGCCAGAGCACCAUUUAGGGGAGUGUGUGUGUUUUGUUUGCCCGCUUUAUUUAACUGUGAAUGUAUAAAGGGUUCUGGACAUCCUCACCGAAGACUGGCAGAACCACCGAU